AUGAUCAACAGCGGAUCCUUCCUCUUUGGGUGUUCCGGAUUCAUUUUGGGAUUUGUAAUUCUUAUCUUGGAGUAUGGAAAGCGUGUUCCAGCUUUUGGAGCUAUGGAAUCCAAGUUGUACAAGAAUAUGGGCUGCCUCAAGACUGUCUGGGGCCGUGGUUGCCUCUUGUUCUUUGCCGGGACUGUCGAAUUCGCCCAGAAUGAUUUCAUCAACUAUGCUAUCGGUAAUUACCUUUGGAGUGUUGGAGUUCUCUUCAUCUUGAUCGGACGCAGUGCCGCUCGCAAGACAGCCACUGCCCGAAGAAACUUGUGCACUAGCGAACAAUGGGUAAAAAUGUUUGCUGGUGUCGAUCAAAAUGGUGGUGGUUUCAUCACCAAGAACCAAUUCGGCGAUUUGACCGUUCAGUUGGAAAUGAAUGUUACUCGAAGAGAAAUCGAGAUUGCCUUCCGACAGAUCGAUGUCGAAAACGAAAGCCGCAUCGAUUUUUCCGCCUUUAUGAGAUGGUGGAAUGACGAAGCCACCGAAAAGUGGGACAGCUUUGUUCCACCCUCGGAUAUGGCUUGA